UCUACCUUAGUCGACGUCAAGCCGUCGCGACGCGUGCGUCUUCUCUCAUUGUCGUUUUCCCGUAUCUCGCGAGACUCGCGUGUUCUCCGCGGGCGCGCAGCGUGUCGCGAGCGUGUGCCCACCUGUUCGCACCGGAAAGAGAAGGAGAGGAGAAAGAGAAAGAGAAAGAGAGAGAGAGAGAGAGGAGAGAGAGGAGAGAGAGAGAGAAGAUCGUCGUCUACCAUCCUUUACCAUCUAAUCCCUUCCUCCCGUUCCCCCCUUUUUCUUACACGAUCCAUUACGCAUCCUUGCACAUCCUUUUCCAAAUCGAGAUCCAAUCGUCUAAUUCAUCCCCCUCCCCCCGGUUCCUCUCCUCCCCCAUUCCAAUUCUUCUUUUCUUUUUUUUUUCCUUUUUACCCAUCGAAUUUUAUAAACUUUGUUUCUUUUCCUUUUCCUUUGAAAUCUUCGUCAAAUUUUUUUGUCCUUUCCCCAUCGUUUUCUACUAUUACUAUUACUUGGAAAUUUGGUGUGCCGAGAGAUACGUUAAUUUUUGUCGGUAUUUCGAUUUUACUUUGAUUAUUCUCAACUGUUACAUCUACGAACGAGAGCGGGGGGGGGGCAAAAGGGGGAUAAGGAAGUAAAACUUUCGUACGUUUGCGUUACAAAUGUAAAAGUCAGUUUCGAGGAGCAUCGAAUAUAUCUUUGGAAAAAGGAAGGAAGUAAGGAAGGAAGGAUUUUUGACUACUUGGUGGAACAAAGAGGAACGUUAAUAACCCCCCUCGUCACUUAUUGUGAUUUUUUUUUUUUUUUCUUUUUCUUUUCCCCCGUUUCGAUAGUUCCGUCGUUCCUUAUAUGUUUGAUUUUUUGUUUUUUUUUUCUUUCUUUCAUUUCGUAAAAGUGAAAAAGGAAGAGGUAAAAAACACAACUCUCGAGUGGUGGUGUCGUCAAUGUCAUCGUCGUCGUGCACCACGUCGCCGUUCGUGAGCCUCGCCUUUUAACCCGAGGCUCGCGAGCAGUGAUCUAAGACACCCGGUGUUUCAUAUCGUGUGAAAUGUGUUUUCUUCUAUACUCUGGACUUUGAUAAUUAGUCAAGUGUUAUAAGAAGAAGAAGAAGAAGAAGAAGAGAUAAGAAGAUAGAAGAAUAAAAAAUAACGUUGAAACGGAGGAGCGUGGAAAGUUCGUGGAUCUUUAUUAUGGUCAUCUGGAUAAACGAGGAGGAGAGAAGGAGGGACAGAGGAGAGCUGGUUUCAAGGAGAGCACCAAUGAAAAUGCUUCAAUCACUGAACGCCCUGGCGGGAAAAAUUUCGCCGAGUUCGCCCACCGACAGCAACGCUAAUAAGGUUCACAUGCAUAACAACAACAACGUCGUACACCAUCAUCAUCCAUAUUCGAAACAACAAACUCAACCCUCGCUUGCAUCGCACUCGAGUAACAACAAUGAUCAAAAGGAGAACACCAUAAUGAACAAUAAUAGUGUGGAGCAGCCAGAUCCAGACAAUAUAAAGAUGUUCGUAGGGCAAGUACCCCACGACAUGGAUGAAAACGAUCUCCGAACGUUGUUCGAAGAAUUUGGCAGAGUACAUCAGAUCAACGUAUUACGGGACAAAACAACUGGCAGUAGUAAAGGAUGUUGCUUCGUUACAUUUUACACGAGAAAAGCGGCUUUGGACGCACAGAAUGCAUUGCACAACGUAAAGACUUUCAACGGGAUGCGUCAUCCGAUUCAAAUGAAACCGGCAGAUAGCGAGAAUAGAAACGAACGCAAAUUGUUCGUUGGCAUGCUAUCGAAAAAGUAUACGGAAAAUGAUGUUAGAACAAUGUUUAGCGUUUACGGAACGAUCGAGGAGUGUUCGGUGUUACGAGACAAUUCCGGACAAAGUAAAGGCUGUGCCUUCGUUACUUUCGCUAGUAAACAAUACGCUAUCAACGCCAUUAAGGCCCUUCAUCAUUCGCAAACGAUGGAGGGAUGCUCAUCGCCACUGGUUGUGAAAUUCGCUGACACGCAAAAGGAAAAGGAUCAAAAAAGAAUGCAACAAAUUCAAGCGAAUCUCUGGAAUAUCGCGGGAGUCAACAUGACGCCGCAUUACCUGACGACGAGCGACGCGCAUACGUUAGCACCUACGUCGUUGCAAUUAUUGCAACAAUUGCAGGCGACAACGAGUGCGGCUACCCCGGUAGCUGCAGGUGCAGGAGCUAACGCUCUCUCGAGUGUUCAGCAUCAGCUGUUAUUGCAGCAACACCUUGGCCUCGGUGCCGCCACCCCCGCACACGCGGCCCCACCUGCCGUACCAAGUCCACCUGAAAUUAGUCCUGCCAAUCUCCAGGGUCUGGCAACUUUGGCGUCCCUCGGUAACUCCGCUGGUGAGUACGCAAACGCCGGGGUCUCACCGAUGAGUAUGCAAAAUCUUGUCACUUUGGCAGCCAUGACUGGCGGAAACGGCAACCUUCAAGUGUCGCCAACGACGUUAAGCGGACUGGCGAAUUCGACAGCAGGUAUGUCGUUAUCUGCCCUUCUCGGGAAGACAGGAAGUACAGGUGAGAAUUAAUUAAACGAAAAACGA